AAAAAAGAAUCCCUCUCUCGAUUUCCCGUAGCAGUGAGUGCGUUGCUCGCUUUCUCUCUCCGCCAUCUUCCUUUGGCUCCUUUUUUUCUUUUUUUCUGAGUCUAACGUGUCUAUCAUCAUCAUUUUUCAUGCUCAGUGGCUCUUUUUUUUUUCUCAAAAAAAUAAUUUUUUUUUUCAAAAUUAUUUUGGUGUUAUGCGGUAAUUGGCGGGAAGCAACUGUGAAUUGAGAUACCCAUUAAGUGGGAUUGGGGAAUAACGUGGAAAGAUUCAAACUUCGAAUCUUUGGAAAGAAAAGGGGCAUCGAAUUCAAUGGCUAACCCUUCUGGGAAUCAUCAAGAGCAAACAACCCAUGUUGCGUCGUCGUUUAAUGGGAAUUUGGCACCCGAUACUUCAGCCACCGCUCUCGCCAUGAAGCACAACCCUGGUGUAUCCCUCGAUUGGACCCUAGAAGAACAAGCUAUUCUUGAAGAAGGACUCUCUCUGUUUGCGUCUGAUACUAACCUCGUACGUUAUGCAAAGAUAGCACAAAAUCUAGACAACAAGACAGUCCGUGAUGUAGCCCUGAGAGUCAGGUGGAUGAAUAAAAAAGAAACUUGCAAGAGAAGGAAGGAUGAACACAAUUUGUCUAGGAAAAGUAAAGAUAAAAAGGAAAAGGUUUCAGAUCUGGCAGCAAGGUCAUCCCACUUUGCUGCUCAACCCAGUGUUUCCCCGUAUGCUCCGGCAGUGAUGAUGAUGGACAACAAUGAUGGCAUCCCUCACGAAGCGAUUGGAGGCCCUGCCGGUGAGCUAUUGGAGCAAAAUUCACAGGCCUUGAAUCAAAUCUCUACUAAUCUUGCUGCUCUCCAGUUUCAGAAUAACAUCAAACUUUUCAGUCAAACGAGAGACAACAUCCUCAAAAUUUUGAACGACUUGAAUGAGGUGCCAGAGGUAAUGAGGCAAAUGCCACCUCUUCCUUUUAAGAUCAAUGAAACGAUAUUGAGCUCCAUACUUCCAAAAACAAUUUACCAGAUGCAAUAACAAAGUUUGCUUCUCCCUCAUCUAUGUCUGCAUUCAAAAUGAUCCAGCAUUUGUGUUUGGACUAGAAGAAGAAAGAAUGGAAUAAGUUGA